UCUCACGCACACACGUGUCUUACACACAAUUUCUUUACUUUCUCACUCUAUUCCAGUUACUCACUCCCCUCCCUCAGUCAAUCUCUCUCUCUCCCUCUCCUUGAUCGCUCUCUCACUCUUUCUCUUUCACACUCUCUCUCGCAUAUACGCACACCCUCACUCUCCUCAUUGCCAUAACAACAGAUGCGCCGCAUCAACCCGCUCGGAUCUUUACGGGAACCGAGUGGCGAAAUCAACCCGCACCGGUGCCGAUAAUAAAACGCCGCAGAGGUGACGCGUACGGCCCUCGUUGAACCAUUUACGGCAAACCGAGCCGCUUCGGGGAGACGAGCACGCGGGACAUCCUCAUUCACCGGGUCUGUGCGGUAACGGCACGAACCGGAGGCGACGAGCGACGGACGGAGCAGGAAGCGCAGCGUGGGAAAGCGGGGGAAAUCUCCGGGGAUCUCCAGCGCUCGCGUCUCCAUCUACGGUCGUUCCCGUGUUUUUCCGCCAUGGCUCGGGAGAACGGAGAGGCCGGCGGGGAUUGCUCGUGGAAGAAGCAGGUCGAGGACGUCAAGGAGAUGUUUGAAUUCAAGGAGGUGCUCGGGACGGGUGCAUUCUCAGAGGUGGUCCUGGCGGAGGAGAGGGCCACGGGAAAGAUGUUUGCUGUCAAGUGCAUUCCCAAAAAGGCCCUAAAGGGGAAGGAGAGCAGCAUCGAGAACGAAAUCGCCGUUUUGCACAAAAUUAAGCAUGAGAACAUAGUCGCGCUGGAGGACAUCUAUGAAAGCUCCAAUCAUCUCUACCUUAUAAUGCAGCUUGUAUCUGGUGGCGAGUUGUUUGACCGCAUCGUGGAGAAAGGUUUCUACACAGAGAAAGACGCCAGCGUGCUUAUUAAACAAGUAUUAGAUGCCGUCAACUACCUCCACAGUAUGGGCAUCGUGCACAGAGAUCUCAAGCCAGAGAAUCUGCUGUAUUUCAACCCCCAAGAUGGAUCAAAGAUCAUGAUCAGUGAUUUUGGCCUGUCUAAGAUGGAGGGGACAGGUGAUGUCAUGUCCACAGCCUGUGGAACACCGGGAUAUGUUGCUCCAGAAGUUCUGGCUCAGAAACCGUACAGUAAAGCCGUUGACUGUUGGUCUAUCGGAGUCAUCGCCUACAUUCUGCUGUGUGGUUACCCCCCGUUUUACGAUGAGAACGACUCCAAACUCUUUGAGCAGAUCCUGAAAGCCGACUAUGAGUUUGAUUCACCGUACUGGGAUGAUAUAUCUGAUUCUGCAAAAGACUUCAUCAGUUGUUUGAUGGAAAAGGACCCCGCAAAGCGAUACACAUGUGAACAGGCCCUUCGGCAUCCCUGGAUCGCAGAGGACACGGCGCUCUGCAAGAACAUCCACGAGUCCGUCAGCCGACAAAUGCGCAAAAACUUUGCUAAAAGCAAAUGGAGGCAAGCAUUCAAUGCCACGGCCGUGGUUCGGCACAUGAGAAGACUGCAGUUGGGCAGCAGUAUGGGCAGCAGCAUGGAUGCCACGCAUUCAAGCAAUACCAACCAGAACCGAGUGAACGCAAACCAGACCGCGACCGCACCGCCGAACCAAACACCAAAUUCAACACAGAAUGUGACUGCGUCUCUCAGCCAAAACCACAAAGCUGCUCAGAACCAGAAUACAGUGCUUAUUAAUGACAUGGCGACAGGCACUGCCUCUGUACCACGCAAAGACUGUGCGGCUCCUCCUCACACUUCCUGUUCUCUGGCAUCAGCCGCCUCCUCCACCGGCUCAGGGGCGGAGCCCUGCAGGCCACACCCUCCUUCGGUCACGUCUGUUAGCACAGUUGUAACUGGGACCAAGUGACGCCAGGUUCUGCAGGGAGAGAGUUGGGAGGCCACCGCCCUGUAAGCCCCACCUCUCAGCCCGCUCCCCGCCCUGCCAUCAAGGGAUGGCAGAGGACUGAUCCAUCGCCAUAGCAACCACCGAGAGGCUGAAAAAAAACGUGCGCCUAAUGCGCCGCGGUUUGACCUGCCAUUUAACCUCCAGGUAACUAGAGGGCGCAAUGCAUGCAGCGGCAGGAGAAGGGGAUUUCCAGCAGGAAAGCUUUCAUUUCGAGAAGGCUGGGCAGAGCUGUAACGUCUUUGCUAUGAAUGUGCUACGAACUUCGCCAGCCAUGUUACCUUUUGGAAAAACGAACGAGUCAAAGAGCGCAGCGGUUUAGGUGCGAAAGUGUGCAUGAUUGUGUCCGCCUUCAAAAGAGGGCGGAGCCAACGUCAAAGCGUUCUUCUUACUACAGUUUGACUCUUCUAGCUCUUCCCUCUUUCUUCCCUCUUUUUCCGUUUGCUCACAAAUUUAUUGUAUUGUUAGCUACCACUUCUGAUCUGUUGGGGCCUUCCACGGAUUUGUCAUGCUGACCUGCAGAAGUGCUUUUAAAAUCACAUUAGACUGUUUUCGCGACAUUUUCGAGUCGAGACUUUAAUUAUCUGUUUGCACAUAGGCUGUACACGAGAACAUAGAGUUAGCUGAAUUAACGUUACUGUAUUACGAUGAACGGGAGAUUAGCGAUUCGAUUGGGUUUUUAACAUCAAGAUAGAGGUUAAAACAAGCUAUACGUUUCAUUUUGAGCUUUUUUUUGCAAACGCAGGGACAGGGCGAAGAUUAAGGAGUCUUGACGAAAUGUAUUCGUGAGCUCCACACACAGACGUAACGUUAGUUGAUGGUAGAUUACUGAAUAUAGUACAACUGUUAAUACUUAAAACACACAUACUGUACACACAAAUCUCCCGAAAAGCCAUGGCAGCGUCUUUCUACGCCCAGUGUACGAGUUCUCAGGGAAUUCCGCAGCUUCACUGGGCGUCAUGAUGGUGAUGUCUAUAGUAAUGCCUGUAUGGUACAAGAUCGACUCAUCCAGUCGGAUUUAUGUGAAGAAUGUGGAUUAGUGCGAUGGACAGCUGUUUUCGUCGCAGCGUUCUCGUGAAGAUUGUACCACAAAGCGCUAAAACGUUUUGCUGCUUUCACGUCAUUUUGGGAUUAUGUAAUGACCUUGUGGGUUCGAAACAAACAAAUUCGGCGCUAUUGAAACAUUGAGGUUCGUUCAAUAACAUCAAUGGACUUUUGAGCGUGAGAUUGUUCGGAAACUAAAACAUUACACAAACGUUACAUGGUUUAAAGUCCCCGUGAACCGGAAGUUGCGAUCGAUUUUACUUCCGUAUUCCGACACAUUUCUGAGUGAAAAGGAAAUUCAAAAACAAUUAGUGGGCGUGGCUUGCGUUUUUCGCUGCGAAUUGAUUGGAUAUGUAAAAACAGCUGUUGCAUUGAUUUUGAAAUGGAACUGGCAGCAGACUGAAAGUUGAAGGGGAGGAGUUAACGGAUGCUCCGCCCAAGCCGUCUAGAUGAAUUUCACUGGGACUUUAAGGUAGCUGAUGUAUGUAGCUGAUGUCAUUAUAAAAACGAUGGUGCGCUGUCCUUCACAAUUUUGCUAAAGCUGUGAAGCAUUUUCAGUUUAAAGUCUAAAACGACAUGAAAGCAACAAAAUAACGUUUAUUGACGGUAAACAUAUUUCCGUCAGCCAUAAGUGGCUGAUUGUUAAGCAUUGGUUUAAGGGCUAUGUGUAGAUUUAUUCACUUCCUUAGUGACGGCUAACUGGUCUUCUGUCCCCGGAUGGCUCUCUUAUAUCAUGUCCCGCAAGCUUUUGAAAGUGACUGAUGUCUUCUUUGCCCUUUACGGUUUGUUAAUAUCACAGGAGAACUUGUCUGUGGACACAGGGAUUUAAGAGUAUGUGACAUUUUCCAAAGUGCCAUCUUAUAACUUCAUGCAUUUUUCUUCACUUUCUUCUUGAAUGUUUGUUUCAGUAUAGAUUAAAAUAUGACGCCUCGGUGUGAAGAGGUUAAUGCUAAGGGAUUUAUUUUCGGGUGCGUUUUGUCUUCGUCUGUAAAUAUGAGAGGAGUUCGUAUUCUCAGAAUAGAGAAACUUUGCCAUGCAUUUUAGAUAAUACAAGGGUAAGAUUUAUGUUUGUAUGCUACAGAAUAGGUUUAGUGUUAAUGGAUCAUUCGGCACAUUUCUUUUUCUACUUUCUGAGUCACUUGCAGUGUAAGCAUGAAAUGUUAUGGAUGUUUCAGGUUUGUUAUCUUAAGUUUUAUCAACGUUAUCAAAAAAGUUUUGUUUAUAGAAACAGCUUGAUCAUUUUCGUGCACUUACCAUUGAAGUCUAUUGGGUAAGAAAUUUUAGCACAUAAUAAGUUUGUAUUUUUUAAGCACUUAAAUCUAUUAUAAUACACAAAAAUGUUUGUUCUUCAAGCUGUAAAGUGGGUCUACAUAAUUCCUGAGUGUGAAAUUUUGUACAGAUGAUAGUAAACAACUUUAUCACACUAGAUUUAUGUUAAGACGUUUAAUAUUUUAGUUUUGUGGCUUUGAAACUAUCAGGGCUUAAAGUUUUUCCGGCACCGUGAAACUGCGGAAAAAAUAUUUACUUUAAAAAAAGAUUACAUUUAAAAAGCUUAUUGAUAUCGGUUCGAGUUCAUAAGUUCGCCUACCAAUGGUAUGAGAGGAACACUUUCAACCAAACAAACAUUACUAGCCAAUCAGAUUUAAAAUGGGGCGGGUCUUGUUUGCCGGUGUGGAGACGUCACGUUGGAGAGUACGUUAGCGAGCGAACAGUCGGCACAACUCGGCAGGAUGGAGAGUUGAGUUUAUAAAGCCUGAAGCGGUGGUCAGCUUUUAAGUCCAUCAUGACAGAUAUGACAUACACAAAUUGGAGACUGUGACAUAAAGAUCGAUAACUUUGUGUUGUUUCGGCAAAUCAUCUAAUCAGACCUCAGCUUCCACUUCUGCGCGUCACACACGCGCGCUAACUGCAAUUGAGAUAUCGAGGAUCGAUUUCUAAAGCGUCUAAAUCAUUUUCAAACUUUCACAGCUUAUUGCACCUAUCUUAGAGUUCAGUCAUAAACAUGGUCAUAACAUUUGGUAUGUUAAGCUAUGUUUUUACAUACCAUAAUUGCAUAAAACUAUGGGUUUGUGGGUUAUAAUUAUGGCCCCACUUCUUUCGAGUCAUUCUGUGGUCCAUACACACAUGGCAUACCAUCAAAGUUUAAGAAACGUCUGUCUGAGACGCUCAAAAACGGCAUGUUACUAGUUAGUUUCAAGGGAAAUAAUGUUCAAAUAAUGUUAUUUUUUUGCUUGACAAAUAACCCUGCGUAUGUGUCUACCCUCGCAAAAAAAAAGAAAGUUCAGGCUCAGGAUUUUUUUUGCUUUAACCCCUGAACUAUACUUGUUCCAUCUCUUGUCCCAUUGACUUCCAGUGUAAGUGCAUCAACAAACUAGGACACAAAUUGAAACAAUGGUUUUCAAGAAUCAAUAGCAUGUCACCGAUGAUUUCAAUAAGGCUUAAGUCAUAAUAAACCUGGAAUGUUACUUUAGGUCACCUUAGGUUCAGUGUUUGUGAUUGUCCUUUUGCCUGUGUUGUGUAAACAAAAGUAUAAAACCAAAAGGUGUGGGUGGUGUUAUGAAGUGACACAGUGGGUUACUGCCAUGCCAAGACAAACACAAACAUCUUUAAAUUAAUAAUUAAAAUGAACUAUAUGUUUAAAUCGCUUUUAACUAUUUUAUUAUUUUACCGUUUAACUUACAUUCUACCAGACUAGACACAUGCGCACAUGUGCCAUGACACACACGCACACACUAUACUGACUAUUCAACGAGUGCAAUGAAGGACAAACAGAAUGUUUAAAAAUGUAGAUCUGUGUUAGAUUUGUGUUUUGUUUACUUAUAGUAUCAUCAUUGUUGGUCUGUGUCCAGAGCAGUCUCUCCGUUUGUCCAAAAGCUUUGUAAAUAGACCGUGAUUGUGAUGUGUCUUCCAUGUUGUUUCCGAAGAGAUGAUGUGCGUGUGUGUGUGUGUGUGUGUUUUCUCCUAAAUGUUUGUUUUUUAUCAUUCCUCUCUCAUGUUGUUCUCCAAGCACUGCCUUUCUCUGGAACUCCACCGCAGACUUUGAAUCUGUAUAUUCGGCUCUCGCUCUGUGUUGUAUACUGUACGUGCUGAGAAAAAACUAAUCACAUUUCUAUUGUGCAAACUGAAUAUUCAACUGCGAUCGGUUGUGAUGCACCUUUCCGGAACUUGUUUUUGUUUUUUUACAAACUCAGGCGUCACUUUUGCCUCUUAUGAUGAAAAAGCUGUGACUGACAGGUGUCUGUGCUACCCAGUAACUGUGCAGUUCUUCAGACUCGUCCCCUGAAUGUUGACUUAUUACUGCGCGACCUCGCUGAAGAUCUUAAAUCAUCUGCAACUGCAUCGAAUGAUUUUAUAAAGAAUUGCCAGCAUGUUAAAUGCGCUUAUCGGUUCAACGACUUGUUCUCACUAUGUAACUAUGUGUUUUAAGAAACAUGUCUAUAUCUAUCUAUAUACAGUAUAUAUAUAUAUAUAUAUAUAUACACAUUUUAAAAAAUGCAACUAUGACAGUGCAGGAUGUUAUCUCUGCGUCUCUCACGACCCUGUCCGAUAUAAAAGUUGCCCAGUGAAAUGUGAAUUAUAUCCUCUUAUGCAUGUGACAACUAUGAUCCAUGUUUUGGGAGUGGCGUACGAAUACUAACGUUACUGUGAUGUGAAUCUUCUGUUGAUACGGGGCUUGUAUAUACAAUGCCUUUGACAAUCAUCUGCACAUAUCAGAAUUUAUAUUUCAUGCUGUAAAGCAAUUGGGGAAAGAAUGAUUGUGUUUUUCCUUUCCUUUUCGUUUUCCUUAAAUAAAUCCUGAAUGAUCAUCA